AUAUUCUCCGUGAUGGUUGUGUUUAUAAUAAAUUGUAUGCAACAUACGACGAUGUCAAGUUGAUAUGUAUCAGGUGUAAUAUAAUUGCUGGUGUGAUGAUUUGUCUAGUAUUUACCUAUCUCUAUUAAAACAGGUUACUUGUGUAUGCGUGUCAACGUUUUGUGAAUGGUGAAUAGUUUUAUUUUAAGACCUUGAAAAUGUUUUUCGAAAUUUUUUAAUCACGUGUUAUAGGAUGUACUUGAGAGAUUCGUAAUUAUUUGUUUUAACAAUGACUUAUUCGACGAUAAAUACCACAGCUCCUGUUAUAGGGGAGCUUCAUAUUGCAUCUGAUUUAGAUGUGAAUUCGACUAGUGAAGGGUAUGUGAUUGAUACUAAUAAACGGAAUCAUACUGUUAUGGUAGCCAGUGUCAUGUUCGGAUCAGGGGUCGUCGGCAACCUUCUAGCCCUCUUCGUACUGGCAACCUCAGCCCCCGAACAACGACGUACGUUAUUCUAUAAACUAGUUGCUGGAUUAGCUGUUACUGAUUUAUUUGGCACUUGUACUACCUCCCCGGUUGUGAUCUCAGUCUAUAUGAACAAUUUUAAAUGGCUAGGUGGUAUGGCUAUGUGUCAUUAUUUUUCCUUUAUGAUGAUAUUUGCUAAUUUUACGACCAUGUUGAUUGUGUGUGCUAUGUCUAUUGAAAGAUAUAUCUGUGUUCGACACCCUUACAUUUAUCAUACUAGACUGACAGCUAAAUUCGCUAAAAUAACUUUGAUAGGAUCAUGGAUAUUAUCAAUUGUAAUAGCUUGUCUACCGUUUAUAGGUAUGGGUGAAAAUGCCUUUCAGUAUCCUAAGACGUGGUGUUUCUUUGAUUAUACCAGUAAAAAACCUUCCAAUAUGGCCUUCAAUUAUUUUUACGUUAUGAUCGGAUUAUUAACGGUAUUAGUAACUGUAAUCUGUAAUGGUGCUGUGAUAUAUACUCUAGUCAAAAUGACAAAAAAACAACAAGUAUUAAAAUCCAAAAGUGGCGAGGCCAGAAAAUUUCAUGGUAAUUCUAAACGUUAUGGCGAGAUUCAAAUGGUGGUAUUAUUAAUAGGUAUAACAAUAGUAUUUACCGCUUGUUAUUGUCCUCUAAUGUUUUAUGUGUUAUUGUGCCAAACGAGUUUAGUUGAAACUAUAAACACAGAUAAAGCUGGUUUACUCAUGGUACGGUUCGCUUCGUUUAAUCCCAUCUUAGAUCCUUGGGUUUAUAUACUAUUUCGUCGUGAAUUGGUGUGGAAGAUUGUUGAUGCUAUCAAAUGUUUUCUC